AUGCACAGCGACCUGGCAAUUAGUUGGUGCAAUUGGCUGAUGAAUGGUUUGACUUUGGACAGCCUGUGGUGUACUGCCGUGCUAGCAGGUUCUGGUGCUUCUUCAGAUCACCCUCUGGCACUGGGUGACUUUUCCUAUGAUAAGCAACUUCCCUUGGAGCUAACCCAGCAGAUCCUUAAAUACUUGCCUUUUGAUAAGCUAUGGCUAUUUUCUUUGUCUGAUGCAAAUACUUUCAAAUACAGUGCUUUGCAAUUGCUAUUUUUCCAAAUCCAUAUCACCUCUUAUAUUCUUUCUCCAAAUCAUAAAUUUAUUCUUAGCUGCGAUAGAGAUUUACCACAUUUUUAUGACUAUAUCGUAACCUUUACAAAACAUUUGACAGUUGAGCUUGAUUUUGCUUUAAUUACCUACGAGAACUUUAGUAAAUUUUUGUCACUUUUAUUUUUCAAAAACAAUUUAUCCGGUUUUAUAUUAAAAAUUAGAAGUUUUCUUCACUUCAAUUCUAUAAACCAUACUAUUCAAACCAUAUUAACUCAAAAUUCAAACACUUUGACAUCCUUCAAGCUCCACAAUUUUACUAAUCAAAGUUUCCCCUCGAGUCUGUUUCUUUCUAAUGCCUUAAAUUACUGCACAAAUUUGAAAAAAAUCUCAUUAAUCCACCAUAAACAGGAGUUUAUUACCAAAAUCUUUAAUAAGCUAAACUCUAAGAUAUCUCUGAAUCUCACUCAUUUAAAUUUAUCUAACACUGUUUUUGGGGUUUCUAUUGAUAAAAUUGUGAAUUUUCUCAGUUUGAAAUACUUGAAUUUAUCAAAGAAUAAUUUAUCAAAAAUUGAAAGAUUAUCAAAAUUUUCCUCAUUGACAGAUUUGGAUUUAUCCAAAAAUAACAUUUCUAAAAUUGAAAACCUUUCAUCUCUAACAAAAUUAAAAUUUUUAAAUCUUUCUUUCAAUAAAUUAAGAAAAUUUGAAAACCUAGAAAACUUGAAAAAUUUGAUUGGUUUAAACGUAUCUUGCAAUAACCUUGAACUAGUAGAGAAUGUUUCAAAACUAAUAAAUUUAAUUGACUUAAAUUUAUCAUUUAAUAAGAUUUACGAUAUAAGAAACUUAUCUAAAUUAGUAAACUUAAAUUAUAUUGACUUGUCUCAAAAUAAAUUAUCCGAAUUUAAUGUUUUAUCCAAUUUUAAAAAUAUAAAAUCAAUCAAAUUUUAUGGAAAUUUUAUAUCAAAGAUUAAUAUGAACAACUUUAACUUGUCAAAUCUCUCAUACUUGGAUUUUUCUUCAAAUAUUAUUCAUGAUAUUUCCUAUUUGAAACCUUUAAAUUUAAAAAUUCUAUACUUAGAUAACAACUCCAUAAAAAACAUCUCAGUCUUAAAUAAUUUUAAACACAUUGAAUUGCUAAAUCUAUCAACAAAUAAUAUUGAUGGUUUCUUUAUUUCUGAAAAUACAAAUCUUUAUUCAUUAAAGGAAUUGCAUUUAAAUAAUAAUAAUUUAUCAAGUUUGAAUAAUUUCAAUAAAUUAAUCAAUCUUGAAAAUCUAAGUAUAAUUGACAAUAAUUUAUGCAAUAUCAGUCCGCUUCAAUCAUUGAAAAAAUUAAAACACCUAUAUUUAACCUCAAAUAAAAUUGAAGAAAUUAGAAAGGAAGAGCUUAGAAAUUUUCCUGAUUUAAAAGUGCUAAACCUUGGAUUCAAUAAAUUGAAUUAUCUUGAAAUUGAAAAAAAUUCUUUAAAUAACUUGCGAAAACUAUACCUCAAUCAAAAUCAACUUGAAAAGAUACAUUUUAUUUUUAAUCUGAAUAAUCCAAAAGGAAUCUUUUUACCUAAACUUCAAGAACUUUCACUCAAUCAUAACAACAUUAAAAGCUAUAGUUGGUUGAAAAAUUUAUCACCAAACUUCUCCAAAUUGAAUAAACUAGAAAAUGAAUCUUUUUUUGAAUUUUAA